CUCAUCGAAAUGGAUAACCUCGGACGGAAUCCCAUAAUGUUGGUUCCUGUCGUGCUACUAGCGCCGUUCUUGUCUUUAACAGUCUUCCAAUCCUCCGCCAUGAACGCGACAACCUCACACGACAUUCAUCAGGUUGCCCAUUCAGCUUGUGAUCACAGCCUCUACCGAGAUCUCUGCGUGUCAACCUUAGUGAAAACCCCCGAUCUUCGCGCCAAAUCUAUCCCCGAAAUAAUCUCCGCCACCGUGAAUGUCACCGUGUCGGAGAUUAAAACAGCCGCCGCUAACUGCAGCCGCAUCCGGAGGGUGGUUCCCGACCUGGGAACGAUGGAGAGGCGCGCUCUCCACGUCUGCCUGGAACUGUUCUCCGACGCGUUGGCGGAUCUCCGGACAGUCCUCGACGGUCUCGAGAAUUCUCCGGCGAAGCGCCACGCCGACUUGCAGACACUUCUCAGCACCGCCAUGACCAACCAGUACACCUGUCUCGACGGCUUUCCGAACAGCAAUAAGAACGUGCGCCCCUUCAUAAUCAAACGCGUCGAACAAAUCUCUCGCCAUGUCAGCAAUGCUCUGUCCAUGCUCACGAAGAUCAAGAAGGAAAAGGAUAACCGUUUUUCUUCAUCUUUCCGGCGGGAAAACCGGGGACUGAAAGAUGGGUUCCCGAAGUGGCUGUCGAGGAGAGACAGGGCGCUGCUAGAAGCUCCGAUGGGUAAGGGUAAGAAACAUGAUAUCAAGGCUGAUAUGGUUGUGGCCAAGGACGGUAGCGGCGACUUUAGAAGCAUCAAUGCCGCCCUGUUCAAAGCUCCGGAUUCAAGCGAUACCAGAUUUGUGAUAUACAUUAAGGCUGGUUCUUACUAUGAGUACGUAGAUGUUGAAAAGAAGAAGACCAUGAUAAUGUUCGUCGGAGAUGGCAUGGGAAAAACUCGCAUUAAAGGAAACCGGAACAUGAAAGAUGGAUGGCCUACUUUUCGUACCGCUACCGUUGCGGUGGGUGGAAGUGGAUUCAUAGCAAAAGGUAUAUCAUUCGAAAACUAUGCCGGACCGGAGAACCACCAAGCUGUGGCACUCAGGGCUGACUCCGACUACUCUGUCUUCUACGAUUGCAGCUUCGUAGGGUACCAAGACACCCUGUACGUUCAUUCCCGCCGGCAAUUUUUCCGGGAAUGUGACGUCUACGGCACGGUGGACUUCAUUUUUGGUAACUCAGCCGUGGUGUUCCAAAAGUGCAAUUUGUACCUGCGCAAACCCAUGAGCGAACAGAAGAAUGUGAUCACGGCCCAAUCAAGAUCGGAUCCUUAUCAAAACACUGGCAUUUCAAUCUUGGAUUGCAAAGUGGCGGCGGCGGAGGAUUUGGAACCGGUGGAAUCCGACUUCAAGAGUUACCUCGGACGUCCCUGGAAACAAUAUUCUCGGACUGUUUUCAUGCUGUCAAAGAUCGGCAGUUUGAUUGACCCUGCCGGGUGGUUGGAAUGGCAAGGCAACUUUGCUCUCACAACUCUCUACUACGGGGAGUACAAGAACAGAGGGCCCGGCGCCGAUACGUUAAACAGAGUGACAUGGGCGGGAUAUAGAAUCAUCACGCGCGCCAAAGUGGCCAGACAUUUCACUGCCGCCAAUCUCAUCGACGGCGGUGAUUGGCUGCCCGACACCGACCCUAAAAUCCCAUACUAUCUCGGUUUAACUGAUGAUGAUGAUGAUAAUAAAGAUGAUGAUAAUGAUGAUAAUAAAGAUGAUGAUGAUGAUGACGACGACUAUGAUAAUGAUGGUGGUGAUGAUUAUUAUGAGAUCUCCUGAUUUCUUGGCGGGCGUAUAUCUAAGAAAAUUCUACAUAAGAUUAUGGAUCAACAGUUUGUACAAUGAUUAUCUUCAAUGUACUCUACGGACAACAUUAUAUGAAUAACAGUUAUUGUUCUGUCUGUCUGCC